GAACUUCUCGGCCGAUACGGUCAUCUAACCUCGGAUGUAUGACGUAAGCAUCCAUCUUGACGGAACUACUUUCAAGAUGGUUUCUCUGAAAGCAGACGGCGUCCGUAGCAACGAUUUCUCAUGCGGGUCAGCACUCGAGAGUUUGGAGAACGUACCCAUGAUUUAUCAUUCGUUAUAAGUUAAAUAUAUCUGUAUCAUAUUCAAAUCAAGAAUUAAUAAUUCAAGUUAUGUAUACCAUGUAAUACCGUAUGUUGAACUCUAAAAUGUUGGUGACAUUAAACUGAUGGCAGCGUCCGUAGCAGGUGUGACACCUGUCAAGACGUAUGUGUGUUUCAAGAAGUGUAUGCUUUGUAACAGUGACACACGGAGGUUACAUGUUUUAUCAAAAAAUAAGGCAGUAAAUGCAAACUUUAAAGACAUUAUUCAAGAUUGUCUAAGUGUUGAACUUGACUUGGAGGUGUUUGAUUUGAUGCAUGUGUGUGACCCUUGUGUAAACACUUGUGAGAAGUAUCUGAAAUUUAAAACAGAAAGUGUAAAGAAUUUAGAAGAAAAUAAGAAGUCUGUAUGUAGGACGAAGCGUCAAGCAAAAACCCCACCAUCGUUACUAAAACUAUCUAUUAGUCCAUCUAGUCGAUCUGUGGCGAGUCAGAUCGAGAGAUCAGUUGAAAAACUAAAACGGAUGAGGAUAGAAGAUGGGGAGUGCAAAACCCGUACAGGUGUGUCGAGAAGUAGAGUACAGCUGCAGUUUAAUGGUGUGGAUCACCAGUACACAAAAAGGCAUUCAGGGAAAGUUGCGAAUCAAGAACAGUUUUCAUCACCUGAAUCGAUACUGCAUGACAUUCAGGAAAAUGUUCCAACAUAUUGUCAAAGCAUUGGCAAACAGUUGCAGAGUGUAUGUAAACCUGGUCAUAGUCUUCUGUUCAAUAAGGAUCCAGGUGACUUGAUGGAGAAAAACUGGUUUACCGAAAUCAUUUUGGAAAUGAAGAGGAUCUGUCCUGAUUUCUUAUCAUUGCUAUCAUGUGCUGUAGGUGAUGCUGCAUCUGCCGAGUCCAAGCUGGCUACAAUUGCCACUGUGUAUGGCAUGGUUAUGCAUAGUAGGAAUGUGAGGGCAUCAGCUAUACAGCGUCUCUAUACAGCUUUAGCCAUUAGAUUUCAUGCUGAUAAUAAGUUUAUAUAUUUACAUGAAGUUAGUGUGUGAAAGAGAAAGGAUCAGAUGACACAGCAAGUUGUUGGAGAGAUUGAACAAAGUUCACAUCACCCUAUCUCAUGAGACAAAAAGAAACAUCAUGGCAGAGUUUGGGGACUUUUGUGAG